AUGCCUCAUUCCAAAGGAAGGGGUCCUUCUUCAGAGCAAAGCAUUGCGAGCAAGGUCACCCGGAGAUUGCCUGCGCCACUGCCAUUUGCUACAACGCCAGAAGCAUCCAGAGAACCCCACUCCUCAUCAGAUUUCUCCAACUUUGAGACAGAAUCUGUGCAUCACACAGACAAGGAGAUUCAAGCAGAUCUGGAUCACACCAGCAAUUUGGAAGAGUCUGAAUAUUCUUAUCAAGGAGGCAGUGUAGAGGUCAAGGAGAUGCAAGCCGGGAUUGAGUUUGAUGUGCAGAUAAUUAAAGAUUCUAAAAAGCGUCUGGGAACGAUUGACACUGCAAGGGACACCCCAGCCUCUUCAUACAUCCCUGAUGAUAUGACGGAGACCUUAGACAAUAAGAGUCAAGCAGAGCGGAUGGCAAUCAGCACCCAAAGAGGGACCAGUGUUUUGCAGCCGGCAUACUCCAGGAUAGGGGAGGCCAGCAGCCUGGAGCCAAUCGGUCAGCUGCACAGUAGUCGGCAGAUCACAGCAGCUGAUCUUGACCUGGAGAAGAUGAGGCUGGAUGGUGCAAUGACCAGACUGAGGUACCGGCACGAAGAUAAUGAAAAGAGGCGGCAGCAUGAGGAAAAAAUGGAACAGCUACAUCAACAGACAACUCCUCGAUCAAUUGGAGAAGAGCUCCACGAAUUGCUUCAGCCCCAGAACCAGUACGCCCUGUCUUUUUUCUGCUUCAUCUUUAUCCAUGUUAUUUACACAGCCAGGGAGCUGGCUUUCUAUUUUAUUAUGAAACACGACAUAUUCUGCUUUGCCAUUUUGCUGUAUUUCAUUUUCAAGAAGAUUUUCCUGGAUUACAGAAAUAGGAAAAACUAAUCAUGAAACAGCAGCAGAGUCUAGACAGCUGAGAAAAGAAGACAAGCAGCUCCCUGAUGUUUAUAUACCUCCGUUCGGUCAUCUUUUCUUCCCUCCUCUUUAUAACUCCCCCUUUUGAAUGUGUGAGACAAAUGAAAGAUUUGGCGUGGCUGCCAAAGGGCCUGGCAAUUCUCUCUUUUGAGUGCCACGGUUGAAUGUUGUUGUUUUCUUUGCUAUUCAGUUGAAGGCUCUUUCCAUUGCAGCCAUCCCAUCU